AUGAUUACAUUUUUUGCUAUAGCAAAAAUUAAUACAAAAAGAUCAUUGAUUAACCGAAUAGGGAGAUCAUAUCAUUUUCAAAAUUGUCGAUAUUAUGCAAAAGUUAUUGGAAAUGAUGCACUAGAGUUAUCAAGGAAAUCAAAUCGAAGAAAAGAACCUCUUCAGGAUUCACAAUGGCCGGGCAUGAAAUAUCCCACCCCUUAUGAGAUAUUUGGAAUAAAUUCACAAGUUUCUACACAUCUAACCAAUACCCAACUAUCUGAUUUAAAGAAAAAAUAUCAUAAAUAUGUGAAACUUUACCAUCCAGAUAUUUCCCUCUCAAGAGAUAUAGCAGACCAUGCCAUAAUGGGCAAGAUUUUAACAACAGAGGAAAAAGUGAAUAGAUUUAAGACAAUCUCACAGGCUUACGAUAUACUGACCAACAAAAACAAAAAAAGACUCUAUGACCUAAACCGUUCGAACUGGUCUCAUGGAAGACCAUCUACAACCGAUUUGAAUGACAUUUUCCGGUCUAGAAAUUUCUCAUCUGAUGAUACUUCCAGGUAUUGGCAUGCUGGUACAUGGGAAGAUAUGUAUGAGUUUAAUGAAAGAAACAAAAAUAAUGACGAUGAUUCAUCACGACAACAUAAAUAUGUAAUAUAUUGGGCUAUUGGUAUGCUUAUAUGUAUCGAAGGAAGUGUUCUACUAAGUAAGAUAGAAAGUACUUUGGUUGGAAAAGUAGAUUAUGGAAUUACUGCAGAUGAUGUAGAGAAGGGUUUAUUUAGUUCUUAUCAAAAUUAUGGGUUAGAUGAUGACAAGUUAUCACGCAUUAAAAGAUUUUUAUGGUUUAGAUCUUGGGGACUUUACACGAACCAAGAUGAAUUAGAUAGAGAAGCAAAGGCAAACGAAACUCUUUUAAAUUCUAUUUCUGAUCCAGAAACUGGAGAAUUAAUAAAACCGAACAAGAAAGACAACAAUACAAUAAAUAGUACAACUGAAGACGUACCAAAGGACACUACAAAAUAA